AUGACGGGCACCGGUUUCGCAAGCGUAGUCGCUCAACGCCAUGCAGUGCAGUGGCUGCUUCGUUGGCGUCACGGGGGAACUGAAACUCGGGUUGCACGCCAGUUGCCGCACCAGUGGCUUCAACACGCUGCCGCAUCGAGGUCGAGGCGGCAGCAGCGGUGUCUCUGUGCGCGAGCGUCUGGCAGCAGCGACGGCGAUGAACCGAAAACGAGCCCGCAAGUGUCGGCAGUGCGCGUUGAUCGGUCACUUGUUGAGCGUACGGCACGACUUGCAAACCUGGAGUACUCCGAGGAGGAGCUUGAAGCACUGGUUCCCGCGUUCCAGGGGAUGCUCCAGUUUGUGGAGACGCUCCGGCUAGCUGAGAGCGCCGACGAGUCUGAGGCCGAAUCGACAGUCUGGACGCCGACAAGCGCGCGGUCGUGGCGGGAUCUUCGACCCGAUGUCGUGACGGAGUUUGGAGACAGGGAGGCUAUCCGGGCACAGUUUCCGGCACGGGAGCAUGACCUGCUCCGUGUUCCGCGGGUUAUCGGCGGCGAUGGCGAUGAAAGUCAGUAG